UUCCUGCUCUUCGGAGGCGAGGGCGAGCUCCCGCUGAAGUCGGGGCGACCCGUGUCCUUUUCCGGAGAGCGGGACGGAGGAGCGGCGGCAGCCUUGGCAGGAAAUUUGUCCGAAGAUGAAGAAGCCAGGGGGUGUGUGACCUCCACAGGAAAGGUGCCGCCGCAGCCUCCGAAGACGACCGCCCUUGCCUUUGCGCGUGGGAAGCCAAGUCACUGGAGUGCGACUGAGCCCUCCCCAGCAUCUCCCGUGAAUGUUUCUGUGUAGGCUUUUCUCCUUGAAAGAAGUCGGUGUGCGGCCAGUCAGAGACACUUAAAGUCGAGAAACCUUUGGGUAGCCUUGCGAUCACGUUACUUCCAACAGAUACGCUGCGAAAACAGUGGCACCUCGCGCUCACAGCGCCAGCCGGGCGAAACUGCUUCCUUUGGUGCUGGAGGGUGUCUGGUGGCGCUUGACCUCGAUUACCGACGCGUGGACAUGCGGUCAAUGUGAAAUCCCGCAGGUCCGUGGGCCCUCGUCCCUCUGAGCUCACUGACCAUCCCGGAAGACUUUGAACUCUCUUCUGGAAGGGGAUACCUAUCCUUACUUUAUGGGGCAGCAGCCUGGCAAAGUUCUGGGGGACCAGCGAAGGCCGAGUUUGCCUGCCCUGCACUUCAUCAAAGGCGCAGGGAAGAAGGAGCCGCCCAGACAUGGGGGGCCGCACUGCAACGUGUUUGUGGAACACGAAGCCCUCCAAAGGCCGGUCGCGUCCGACUUCGAGCCCCAAGGCCUGAGCGAGGCAGCUCGCUGGAACUCCAAAGAAAACCUCCUGGCCGGUCCCAGUGAAAACGACCCCAACCUCUUUGUCGCGCUCUACGACUUUGUGGCCAGUGGGGAUAACACUCUCAGCAUCACCAAAGGCGAAAAGCUCCGGGUCCUAGGCUACAAUCACAAUGGGGAGUGGUGUGAAGCCCAGACCAAAAACGGCCAGGGGUGGGUCCCGAGCAACUACAUCACGCCCGUCAACAGCCUGGAGAAGCACUCCUGGUACCACGGGCCGGUGUCGCGCAACGCGGCCGAGUACCUGCUGAGCAGCGGGAUCAACGGCAGCUUCCUGGUGCGGGAGAGCGAGAGCAGCCCCGGGCAGAGGUCCAUCUCGCUGCGGUACGAAGGGAGGGUGUACCACUACCGGAUCAACACCGCUUCUGAUGGCAAGCUCUACGUCUCCUCCGAGAGCCGCUUCAACACUCUGGCCGAGCUGGUCCACCACCACUCCACCGUGGCCGACGGGCUCAUCACCACGCUGCACUACCCAGCCCCCAAGCGCAACAAGCCCACUGUCUACGGCGUGUCCCCCAACUACGACAAGUGGGAGAUGGAGCGCACCGACAUCACCAUGAAGCACAAACUGGGGGGCGGCCAGUACGGCGAGGUGUACGAGGGCGUGUGGAAGAAGUACAGCCUGACUGUGGCCGUGAAGACCCUGAAGGAAGACACCAUGGAGGUGGAAGAGUUCUUGAAGGAGGCCGCGGUGAUGAAGGAGAUCAAGCACCCUAAUCUAGUACAGUUGCUUGGGGUGUGCACCCGGGAGCCGCCAUUCUACAUAAUCACCGAGUUCAUGACCUACGGGAACCUGCUGGACUACCUGAGGGAGUGCAGCCGGCAGGAGGUGGGCGCGGUGGUGCUGCUGUACAUGGCCACGCAGAUCUCGUCGGCCAUGGAGUACCUGGAGAAGAAGAACUUCAUCCACAGAGAUCUUGCUGCCCGAAACUGCCUGGUAGGGGAGAACCACUUGGUGAAGGUGGCUGAUUUCGGCCUGAGCAGGCUAAUGACAGGGGACACCUACACAGCCCACGCCGGGGCCAAAUUCCCGAUCAAGUGGACCGCGCCCGAAAGCCUGGCCUACAACAAGUUCUCCAUCAAGUCCGACGUCUGGGCGUUCGGAGUACUGCUCUGGGAGAUCGCCACCUACGGCAUGUCGCCUUACCCGGGAAUUGACCUGUCCCAGGUGUACGAGCUGCUGGAGAAAGACUAUCGCAUGGAGCGCCCGGAAGGCUGCCCGGAGAAGGUCUACGAACUCAUGCGAGCAUGUUGGCAGUGGAGCCCCUCCGACCGGCCCUCCUUCGCCGAGAUCCACCAGGCCUUCGAAACCAUGUUCCAGGAGUCCAGCAUAUCAGACGAUGACCAUGGUUGCUUUAAAAAGAAAAAGAAAACCGACACACCAAAUGACACCGCCCCUGAUGGCUGCUGGUUUUCAUGGAUUUGUUUUGUUUUGUUUUUGUUUUGUUUUGUUUUGUUUGGGUGGUUCUUAGAAGUGGAAAAGGAGCUGGGGAAAAAAGGCAUGCGGGCAGUUGCCAGUACUUUGCUGCAGGCGCCAGAGCUGCCCACCAAGACACGGACCUGCAGGAGGGCUCCCGAGCACAAGGACGGCGCCGACGCGCCCGAGACGCCCCACGCCAAGGGCCCGGGAGAGCCUGACGCCCCGGACCACGAGCCUGCCGUGUCUCCACUGCUGCCUCGGAAGGACCGCGGCCCCCAGGACGGCGGCCUGAACGAAGACGAACGCCUUCUCCCCAGAGACAAGAAGACCAACCUGUUCAGCGCCUUGAUCAAGAAGAAGAAGAAGACAGCUCCGGCCCCUCCCAAACGCAGCAGCUCCUUCCGGGAGAUGGACGGCCCUCCGGAGCGCAGGGGGGCCGGGGAGGAAGAGGGCCGCGACGUGAGCAACGGAGUGCCUGCUCUCACGCCCUUGGACACCGCCGAGCCAGCCAAGUCCCCAAAGGCCAGCAGCGGGGCUGCCGUCCCCAACGGAGCCUUUCGGGAGUCAGGGGGUUCAGGCUUCCGGUCUCCCCACCUGUGGAAAAAGUCCAGCACGCUGACCAGCAGCCGGUUAGCAGCCGGCGAAGACGAUGGUGGCGGCAGCUCCAGCAAGCGCUUCCUGCGGUCCUGCUCUGCCUCCUGCGUGCCCCACGGGGCCAGGGACACAGAGUGGAGGUCGGUCACGCUGCCUCGGGACCUGCAGUCCACCGGGAGGCAGUUCGACUCGUCCACGUUCGGAGGACACAAAAGCGAGAAGCCAGCUCUGCCCCGAAAGCGGGCGAGUGAGAGCAGGUCUGACCAGGUGGCCAGGGGCACGGUGACGCCCCCACCCAGGCUGGCAAAGAAGUCGGAGGAAGCAGCUGACGAGGUCUUCAAAGACGUGGCGGAGUCCAGCCCAGGCUCCAGCCCUCCCAGUCUGACUCCGAAACUCCUCCGAAGGCAGGCGGUGGCCUCUGCCGCUGGUCUGCCCCACAAGGAGGAGGCCGGGAAGUCCCCCGCCCUGGGGACACCUGCCGCAGCUGAGCCAGGGACCUCCGCCAGCCGAGCAGGGCCGAGCGCUUCCGGAGGAGCCAGCAGGGCCCCCGCCGAGGAGUCCAGAGUGAGGAGGCACAAGCCCCCCUCCGAGUCCCCGGGGAGAGACAAGGGGAAGCUGUCCAAGUUCAAGCCUGCCCCGCCGCCCCCGCCGCCGGCCUCUGUCGGAAAAGCCGGGAAGCCCUCUCAGAGCCCCUGCCAGGAAGCAGCCGGGGAGGCAGGCGCCAGCGGGAAGGCGAAGCCCACGGCUGUGGUUGUAGAAGUGGUAAACAGUGACGCUGCCAAACCCAGCCAGCUGGGCGAGGGCGUCAGAAAGCCUGUGCUCCCUGCCAUGCCAAAGCCCCAGUCAUCCACCAAGCCGGCGGGAACCCCCGCCAGCCCCGUCCCCACUCCCUCCACUUUGCCGUCAGCAUCCUCCGCCCUGGCAGGGGACCAGCCAUCCUCCACUGCCUUCAUCCCGCUCAUAUCAACACGCGUGUCUCUUCGGAAAACCCGCCAGCCUCCCGAGCGCAUCGCCAGUGGCACCAUCACCAAGGGUGUGGUCCUGGACGGCACCGAGGCCCUGUGCCUGGCCAUCUCCAAGAACUCCGAGCAGAUGGCCAGCCACAGCGCCGUGCUGGAGGCCGGCAAAAACCUCUACACCUUCUGUGUCAGCUACGUGGACUCCAUCCAGCAAAUGAGGAACAAGUUUGCCUUCCGCGAGGCCAUCAACAAACUGGAGAACAAUCUCCGGGAGCUUCAGAUCUGCCCGGCAACAGCGGGGAGUGGCCCGGCCGCCACUCAGGACUUCAGCAAACUCCUCAGCUCGGUGAAGGAGAUCAGCGACAUCGUGCAGAGGUAGCAGCAGCCCAGUGUCAGGCCCACGGGGCCGCCUGCCAUGCAUAAGGGCUCCCCUGUGCCCGCGAUGGUGGCCAACACAGGACCGGCACUCGGGACCUUGGCCCAGAGCCGAGGGCCACCGUGGAGCACACACGACCCUGCCACCUGCGUCGGCACCAGCUGUGCUCCUGCACCUUCCGCCAGCCGGGAAGAUGGGGGAGCGCUUUGCCCGCCGCGUUCCUUCCUGGAGGACUUCCCUGGGCUGUGCCACCUUCUCCGGUCUCCCCAAGAACAAGUGCUCUGAGUGGGCACUGUGUCACCAGGCCUCAGGAACUGUCACCUUCACUCAGCUGCCGAGGGAGCCUGUGCCCUUGUCCUCCCGUGCCUCCUGUGCUAGGGCACGCUUCCGGAAUGGCAUCCUGGGACGCGCUGCCCGCCGGUCGCCCUGCCCUCCCCCGCUGCCAGGGCCGGUGCCCGCACCUUCGCCUCCUGUGAGGACAACUCUCAUUUUUGGGGGGUGCAUAAAACAGGGUGCUGACACCAACCAGCCUUUGGGCCGGAGGAAGGGGGUGGACUGAAAGGGCUCUGGUGUGGGAGAAGGUUCUGUCACCCUCCCCUGCAGGUCUCGGGGCCCAGUUCCUUGCUCCCCUGUGGCACAUGUUCCUAAUCCCAGGUAGGUAGAAAGCCCAGGGUUAAGGGUGGCAGAGUCGCUGUCCAGCAUGGGGAGCGGGGUGGGGGCUUGUCGGGUGAACAGCUGGUGCUGAGAUGGCCUGGGGCUGGGGCUGGGCCUGGGCAGGUCCUCCCUGGGCCCGGGGUUGCCUGCCAUUGGGAUUUCCAGGUGUCCCGCAAAAGACACUUGGUCUUGGUUUCUGACCGAUCUGCCCUGAACCGAGGGGGCUCCUUGCAGGGCUUUGGCCUUGCGACAAGCCAGUCCUCAGUUUUCUGGAGUUCUUGAAGCGCUUUAAGGCCCUGCCCUCAACACAGCCUCCCCUGGUGCCGAGGCCGGGCACCAGCGCACAAACAGGAGGGAAAGGGCUGGGGCACCGAAGCCCCAGCCAGUGCGGGGCGCGCCUUGUGGACAAAUGUCUAUAAUAACCGCAUGCGACGCUCAGCCAUCAGGGAAGAAGAAAUUCACGAAGAAAUGAAGCCCCAGAAAGUGUCUCGAAGAGCAGGCCUGGUGUACCUUCCCUUGGGCUGCCCAGGACCAGGCUCACGAGGCGGGGGCCAGGUCUCCUUGACCUUGACCUCGAGCAGCUACUGAAGAGUGGGCAGGCACCUGCCGAUGUCCUACUCCAGGCCCAGAAGCGACCCUCGGAGAAAAACCAGGAGAAACCCGCCUCCUGUUCCCCGCGCCUCUCGCGCCUGUGACCUGACCCAGGCCCUGUUCACCCGAACUCGUGUUUCAUUUCCCUGGAUGCUGUCCUCGCAGCGCGUCACCUCUAUGCCCGCCCAGCGCCUCGCAGACGCAGCCACCCGGGCCCUCGCCCGUGUCUGCGAGGUGCCGGGCUCUCACCACACCACAGGCCACUGUUCCGCAUUCAUGUCUUGGCAUUACUUACACUCUUGUAGACUUGCUCUUUUAUAAGUGACGUGUAAAUAGUUCUCCACUCCUCCUUUCCUGGAUGCCUAUGGUCUUUCUCUCUGUCUCUUUUUUUUUUUUGUCCAGUACAUUUUGCUUCUGUGUAUGACUCUGUUUUUGAAUCCAUGUCUCUUCUUGGUAGUAUUUUUUAAAUAAAUGUUUACAAUAUUAGAACUGG